AUGGCACUUUGGUUUGCUGAUGACGAACAGAGUCGUUCAACUACUUUAGUGGAGCUGGGAACCAAGAAAUUCACGCUGCAGGCGGCAGGCAAAGAAGCUCUCAUUCAGGACGUGACACCUGCCAAUCACAAUACGGGUGCUGAAGUGGCCAGAUAUGAACUUGAAAGUCUACCCGAGAAGCGAACCGUCUACUUGAAGAAGGGUGCCUUGUACUUUUUAUCCUCCAAGAAAGAAGCGUUGGAGAAGCUACAGGAGAAGGAGAGGAUGACUUCAAUGAAAGAAAAGGUCUUGGGCCUGGACACGCUGGAGUGA